AUGUAUCGAGUUGCAGCCUCGUCAGAAGCAACCCUCCGCCGGUUCUACACGCCUGGCUCCUCGGCACGCCACAAUUUCUCUUCUUCCCCUCUCACUUCAACGUACACACGAUGUUUCAGCGCGACAACCGUUCCUGCGACCCCACGAGGCAUCCGAUCUGCACUAGCCAUUCCCAGGUCCUAUCGAUCUUCCAAUCCUACUCUCGUCACACAGCCAAACCCCUUCGCAAGGACAAAGAAGGUGCCCAAUACUAGCUUACGGCGUGGGUUCACAACAGAGACAGAAGCCGCGGCUGCUGAGGAAGAGCUGCCGUUGAAAUAUGGACUGCUGUACUUUGACAACGCAUAUCCGCUCAAGAUGGGCUGGUGGGACGUCCGCUACUCGUUGCUCCGUCCAGGCUGGCGAUCUCUUGAGCGCAAGGCCAAGAAGGAGCUCGUACCCCCUGAGAACGGCAUGCCAUUUCACUUUAAGGUCGGAGGCAUUGAACCUAGACUUAAAGAUGGAGGAAUGUUUCUCCAUUUUUCGUAUGUUCAUCCCAGCUCGUACACAACCAAGGAGGCCUUGAAAGAGAUCGAGAGUAGAUGCGAGCAGCACCUCUUGGGUCACGGUCACUAUAUGUGGUUCAACCUUCAAAAGGUGCGCGCUUUCCUGGUGAAGGGCACCCCAUUCUUGGAGGAUUUGUCCAGUCGGUAUCCCAAUAAAAAGAUCAGGAUCGAAUACUCAGGAGGCCUCGGCAUUGAAGGCCUGUAUGAGCUAUUUCGAAAGUAUGGCAAGAUUGUAGACAUCGUUCAAGUGGCGCCAGUCAAGGAUAUGCCACAGCAAGCAAUUGUCCAAUACCAGUUCAUGCGUUCUUCCACCAGCGCAAAAAACUGUCUUCAUGGAACAGAGGUCAAUGGAGUGAAGAUCCAUGUCACGUACGAGAGGACGUUAAAGGGCAACGUUAUCUGGACCUGGCUCUCGAACCACCCCAGGAUCAGUGUUCCGCUUGGAGGAUUCAUGGUCGCAGGAGUGUCGCUCAUCAUCUUUGAUCCGAUCCGAGUAUUCAGCAUGCACGCCAAGAUUAUCCAGUUGUUUAACGUCAACGAAUAUCCAAUUUUAAAGUGGCUGCGCAAGGAGACAAUCGGACGUCUUACUCGAGCGCCUGUUGAUUCCCUUCAGGCUACAGGAUGGCGUGAGCGAGAGGAAGAAGAAGAGAAGCUGCGCGUCUGGUUACGCAAUCCCCCAGAAACAUUUGCCAUUGUUCAGGGGCCACGUGGCGCCGGAAAGACGGAUAUGGUGGAGUAUGCAAUCAAGGAGAAGAAGCACAGAGUAGUCCUCCGCUGUGAAGAGUUGGCAAAUGCCAGGAGCGAGGGCGAAGUCUUGACCAAUCUGGCCAAGCAAGUCGGAUACGUUCCCUUGUUCCAAUUCAUGAACACGUUUAACAAUAUGAUGGACAUGGCCAUCGCCGCUACCACAGGACAGAAGGCUGGUUUGUCUGCAACUUUUGAGGGACAGUUGAAAAAGAUCUUGGAUACUUUGACUGUUGCUAUCCAGCAAGCAUCACCCACCAGGAACAUGUCUAACGUCUCACCGGAGAGUAUCAUGAAAAAGAUCGAGGUGACAUUGGAAGAAAAGGCGCACAGAGCCGAAGUGACAUCAACCUCAGAGGGCACCAUGCCGACUCAGAACAUCGGUCCGAGACGAGCAGCCAGGGCCAAAGCCAAGGCUAAGAAGGAUGCGGAGAAGGAGGAGAGCAAAUGGUGUGAUCCAGAUGACAUUCCGGUGAUUUUGAUCGACGGAUACAUGUCGAGAGAGAAGGGACAGCAUACCAAAGAGCUCUGGACUUUCUUGGCAGAGUGGGCUGCUGUGUUGGUGGAGAACCAUGUUGCACAUGUCAUCUUCAUUAGCAAUAACGUCGCUGCUGCGAAACCACUUUCAAAAGCGCUCCCAAACAUGACCUUCGAGACAAUUGUGCUCUCUGAUGCGAGCUUGGACUCUGCAAUGGAAUUUGUAUACAAGCACCUGGACAAGGAAGAGUACCCAAAUCUGAAGAAGUCCGUCGAAGUCAUUGGUGGCCGCUUGACUGAUCUGGAGCUGUUCGUGCAAAAGGUCAAGAGCGGCAUGAGCCCCGAAGACUCUGUGCGUGAUAUUUUGGGGAGAGCCAUCAUUGAGGUCAGAAAGAACGCGUUCGAUUUUGACAGCACUGACAACAAAACUCUCAGCUGGACGCCAAUUCAAUUUUGGGCCAUCAUGAAGCAACUGGCCGUGUCCGAUUCUAUCAGCUACGAUGAGCUCAAAAUUGAUCCGCUAUCCAAAGGCGACGAAGCGCCGUUCGCCGGCAUGGAACAGGCAGAACUUAUUACCAUUAGUCAUAAGAAUGGUCGACCAUAUGCAGUGAAGCCCGGCAAGCCAAUCUACCGUGCAGCGUUCCAGCAGAUUCUCUUGGACGAAGGGUUUGCUGCAGUUAUGAACUUGGAAUCGACUGCGUUCCUAGAGAAGCUCGAGAAUGCGAACGUGGUCAAGUUGGAGGGCGAGUUGAAGGAACUCUCGAAUCUACUGUACCGGGACGGUUCGUGGCUCUUUGGGGGCGGCCGUAUUCCGAAGGAAAUCGAUACUCGUGCCAAGUGGCUGAUGAAAAAGCUGGCAGACAGCCAUGCCAAGAUUGAGCAGUACGAGCAGGAGAUGGGUCAAUCCAAGAAGGUCGUCGCAGCCCAAGACGUACACACCUCGAACUAG